AUGCAUUUAGCAGCAAAAAUGACCUUACAUGAAUUUCCGCCACUAAAAAAUAAUCGUAUCCUACGUGCAUGUCGUGGUGAAUCAAUCGAUUGUGUUCCUGUAUGGAUAAUGAGACAAGCUGGUCGAUAUUUACCAGAAUUUAAAAAAUUAUUAACUGAACAUGGCUUUUUUAAACUAAUUCAAUCACCUGAUUAUGUCAAAGAAAUUACUCUACAACCAGUGAAACGUUUUGAUUUAGAUGCUGCUAUUUUGUUUACAGACAUUGUUGUUCUCGUACAAGCAAUGGGUUUCGAAAUGGAAAUGUCACCAAAAGAUGGACCAUGUUUGAAAGAACCAUUAACCGAACCUGAUGAUGUUCUAAAAUUGUUAGAAAAACAAUACAAUAUUAAAACAAGUUUAUCAUAUGUUUACGAAAGUAUUGUAAAGACGAGGCAUGAGUUAGAUGGACAAUGUCCUCUUAUUGGAUUCAGUGGAGGGCCAUUAACGUUAAUGUGCUUUAUUAUUGAGGGAAAAGGUACAACAGCAGCCAAAAUGUCAAAACUAAAACGUUGGCUCUAUUGUCAUCGUGAACGUUCACAUCAAUUGUUGAAAUUAAUCACUGAACUAACAAUCGAAUAUUUGAAAGAACAAAUUUUGAAUGGAAUUCAACUUAUUCAAAUAUUUGAAUCUUAUUGUCAAGCAUUAAAUGAAGAAUUAUUCUUAGAAUAUGUUUAUCCAUAUUUAAAACAAAUUCGAAAUGAAAUAAAUAAUGAACAAAUACCAUUGGGAUUAUUUGCUAAAGAUGCCCAUUAUGCCAUGGAAUUAAUUCGAGAUCUAAAAUAUGAUAUUGUCAGUUUAGAUUGGACAAUUCAACCAUCUAAUGCUCGACACAUAUUUAAUUCUGAUGAUGAAAAAACAGUAUUACAAGGUAAUCUAGAUCCAUGUGUACUCUAUUCAAUCGAUAAAAAUCAAAUUGAACUCUAUGUGAGACAAAUGUUAGAAGAAUUUGGUACAAAACAAUAUAUAGCGAAUUUAGGACAUGGAAUAUAUCCUGAUGUACCCGUAGACAAUGUGAAAAUAUUUGUUGAUGCCGUACAUAGAAUAUCAAAAGAAAUGAUUGAUAAAGAAAAAAAUUCCUAG